AAAAUUGUUUCAUAAUGUUCCUAAAUCAAUUGAUAAUAACGUUAAUACUAAAUAGUGUACUGGCUGAAAACAAUCACAGUAAUUAUAAAAAAGAAAUUUCAUUAGAAGAUUAUGCUUCUUCCCGUCAGUGUGUAUUCUGUGCUAAUCCGCAGAGGAAUGUUAGGGAGGUACAAGGAAGGCCUAAGAGUCAAAUUUUAGAUGCAAUGUUGAAGACUCCCAUGUUGCAAACGUAUGCCAAUGUACCAGAUGUUUUCUCAAUACUACGGGAUAAUUACGAUCUCCCUAAAGGAUUCAAUGGACCCUUAGUUGAGUACGACUUCAUAGUGGUCGGAGCGGGGUCGGCAGGGAGCGUGCUCGCUGCCAGACUUAGUGCACGCCGUAAAGCAACUGUUUUACUAUUAGAGGCUGGUGUAGGAGAGUCCAUAUUGACAGGGGUACCAAUCUUAGCACCAUUGUUUCAACAGACGGAUUAUGUAUGGCCAUACUUUAUGGAACGACAACCUGGAGUUUGUAUGGGUAUGGAAAAUGAGCGUUGCUUCUGGCCAAGAGGCAAGGCAGUUGGAGGCACGAGCGUUGUCAAUUACAUGAUAUACACCCGUGGGCUACCUGAGGAUUGGGACAGAAUCGCUGCCGCUGGAAAUUACGGAUGGUCUUACAGAGAAGUAUUACCAUAUUAUAUGAAGUCGGAAAAUGCAAAUCUCAAAGGCCAGUCUAAAUCACCAUGGCACGGACGAGACGGCGAACUAACAGUAGAAGAUGUACCAUUUAGAUCAAAACUAUCAAAAGCAUUUUUAGACGGAGUGAAGUAUUUGGGACAUCGAAUAGUAGAUUACAACAGCCCUGACGGAUUCGGAUUUAAUUAUAUUCAAGCGACGAUAAACCGUGGAGUCAGGAUGAGUAGUGCAAAGGCAUUCUUACAUAAACAUAAAAACCGAAAGACCCUUCACAUUCUGCCAAACAGUCGAGUCACAAGGGUUUUAAUCGAUCCUACAACUAAGACGGCUUAUGGUGUAGAAUUCCAAAGGAACGGUCAAGUGUAUCAAAUUCGAGCAAAAAAAGAAGUUAUACUAUCGGCCGGUCCUAUUGAAUCCCCGCAUUUGUUAAUGCUGUCGGGCGUUGGACCAAGAGCCCAUUUAGAAUCUUUAAGCAUACCUGUGAUACAAGACUUGCCUGUCGGUCAAACGCUUUACGACCACAUAUCCUUUCCCGCUUUAGCGUACACUCUCAAUACUACGAGAUUAACUAUAGCUGUGAGAAAUGUCGGAAUCGUUGAGACUGCUGUACAAUUAACACAAUUCGGUGACGGUCCUAUGACAUCACUAGCUGGAGUUGAAACCAUAGGGUAUUUAAAAACAAACGUCUCUGAUGAAAUCGGUGAUUACCCUGAUAUUGAAUUAAUUGGAAGCUGCGCAUCUAUGGCAACUGAUGAAGGACAGUUGGUCUCGAAAGGCUUAAGGGUAGCGGAUUGGUUGUACAACGACGUAUACAAACCUUUGGAGAAGACAGAAAGCUUCACGAUAUUAAUGAUGUUACUACAUCCAAAAUCUAAAGGCUACAUAAAGCUAAAAUCGAGAAAUCCUUUUGAACAACCGGCGUUAUACGGCAAUUACUUGCAGCAUCCAAAAGACAUCGCAACACUAAUCGCUUCUAUAAGAUACAUUAACAAAUUAGUCGAAACACCUCCAUUUCAGAAGUACGGUGCUAAAUUACAUAAGAAAAAGUUUCCCAAUUGCAAACAAUAUAAAUUCGACAGCGACAAUUAUUGGGAAUGCGCGGUUCGUACUGUGACAUCGACCCUGCAUCAUCAGAUAUCUACAUGCAGGAUGGGUCCAUCAACAGAUCCUGAUGCAGUAGUGGACCCGGAACUGAGAGUGUAUGGCGUUAGGAAUCUUCGUGUGAUAGACAGCAGUGUUAUACCGAAGACAAUCGCUGCGCAUACUAACGCCCCCGCAAUAAUGAUUGGCGAGAAAGGUGCAGACAUGAUAAAGAACACGUGGGGUUUGAUUUAAAUAUACAGAUUAAGUAAACCACGAAUAGGGUGAUAUUCCACAGAUAAAAAAAUACGAGGGACUUUAAUUGUGCUUCUUUUUUUAAGAAGAUCUUAGAGCGAUUGUCUCGAGGAUUGAGCAUUUCAUUAUUGUUAAAAUAAAUAGUAUUAAAACAUAUUAGAAGAGACACGAGAUUACAGCAGUGAAUAUCAAUAGCAAAAUGGAUGAAGAAAUCGAUUACGCGUUGUAUUAGUUAUCUUAAGAUUUCGUAUACUAAAUACAUUGUAAUAAUUAACUGUCAUAGCAACGCAAAUAUUUGUUAUUUUGUUUUUUGAAUUCAGUGGCAAAUAUUAUCGGGAUAUCUUGAUCUUGAUAAGAGAUCAUAUCAUGUUUGCGUUUAUCUGCAUGUAAACUUUGUCUAUAGAGCCAGAACAAAUACGUUACCAAAAAUAAGAAAUAUCUAGCAGCGUCACAAAGCAGUACAUACUACCAACCAAUUGAUAAUUAAAAAAUUGUUCAGAUAUAAUAUAUGUUUAUAGACUGAUUUUUAUUUUACAGUUAAUCAGAAUUGCAGAGGGAGUUUCCCUUUUUGAUAAGCAGCACAUUAGGUUCCGUCAUUGUAGUCAAAAUGAUUCAUAUGGAAAUGAUGUCAAUUCCGUUAAUGACAAAUAAAUGUUCGUUAUCAGGAAUCUUUUGUUUGUUAUCUAUAGUUGAUUUAAGGACAUUUUCAAUCCUAUGGAAGUCAAAACUAUUACUUACGUACCCUUCAU